AUGGCCCGUGGCAUUGACGAAGACCUGGAUUGGUGGGAGUCACCAUUCCUCCAUCUCGGUGGUGCAGGAACUCAUUAUCCGCGACGGGACGCUGCCGGCAACGUAAAGUCUGUCAGAAACGGAUGGAACGUACGGCAAAUUGGGCCAACAGAGAACAAGGUGCUCAUAAUAGAGAAUACAGAAGACGGUAGGAGUGAAGAGCUACGCGGCGUGGACCUCCGUGGAUACGAGGGGGAAUGGUUCGAUUGUUACGACGUACAGGGCUACUUGGAAGAAAAGUACUCGUGCAAGCUCGACCCGAAGAGCUCGUUCGCCGAGUGUGUCAUCGAGGUUGACGACGAAGAGCUGUCUAGAGCCUCCAACAGCGCACUACGGCAACGACCACACAGUGCGACGAGUCUGCCUCCUCUUCACCAGAGCUCCGCAAACGCAUCGGCAGCUCCGUCAACCACUUCGACAAAUCCGCCAAACAACUCUUACAACAUCGCGGAUAAUGGAGCUUAUGGGCUAGACCUGUCUUUUGGAAACACUGGUGAAUACCCUAGGCUUGUCAACUACGAAAUCUCCUAUGAUCAGACCCUAGGUUUGGAUCUCGCACCUGGGUAUGAUUAUGGGUUUUCGCAUACACCCGCCUUUCACAUGGACAACAUAGAUCUGGGCAUGAACAUGAUGAGCGAUGUAGCGGCAGCUCUACCAGUGGUGAGGCAGAAACGGAAGAAGACUGCCUGGCUAGACGUUUCGAAGCUGAUUGAUGAGAUCAUUAUACACGGCGUGUGUCUCGGGCGAUCACCGGGGUAUAGGCGCAAGGACGUUGAUGCAGCGGUACAAAAGGCCUUGGGCGGCGUGUACCAGCAGAUCAUCGAGAAGGUGAUCCAGACCUCGCAGAAUGACUUCGAGGAGUCGGGCGUCGAUCAUAGCACGCUCGACGAGAUGAAGCAGGGCUGGCAAGAGAGGCUAUCCGCUCUCAAGAUUGCUCACUUUCCAUGGGACCCUGCUCCUGAGCCUGUUCGUCAGCCGCCUACGGUACCGUCCAACGUAAAGGUUGACAAUGAUAUGCCUUCCGUGUCCGGACCUCAGGAGGCUCUCAAUUUCCCCAACGUGCCCGUGAAGCAAGAAGGAGGAUAUCAGCCACCAGUUGCUAACUACCCUCCUGCUCAAACUGCGAACAACGGCUACGGCGGUACUUAUGAUCAAAACCAGCAGCUCGCGCACCAGCGUGCAGCUGCUCUGGUACAGCAGCGAGUGCAACAGCAAGGACAUGUGCAGCAGAACUUUCCCAAUCUGGCGCAACAGGGCCAUCUGGCUCAAAUGCCUAUGCAGAACCAGCAACAGCAGCAACAGCAACGCAUGAUGGCGCAACAGCAGCAACAACAGCAGCAGCAGCAUCAACGACCUCCACAACAGCAGCAGCAGGGAAUGCCACAGCAGCGUCCCCCACCGCAAAAUCACAUGUACACCUCACAGACUGAUGGUUCGGGUGAUGCUAUGGCUGACUGGGAGGCAUUGAAGGCCGCACGCGCUGCUGAUGCAGUAGAGCGCAUGGCGGCGGACGACUUCAUGCGUUCUCGCGUUGAUGCCAUGGCUAUGCGUCAGGACAGUGGUCUCAUGGUACCGCUCGAUUCGAUGCCAAAGGGCAAAAAGCGCAAGGCGGCUAUGCGUGUUCUGCAGGCCGAAGACGCAGAGGCCUCGUCAAGCGCACCGGUUCCCGCGCGCUUCGACGGUGACGACGAUGUGAAGCCAGAAGAGGAUCCGGAUGACGCCAUUAACUCUGACCUAGAUGACUCGGAGGACGAACUUGGGGAUGGUGAUAACAGCGACGAUGAAAUGGUCGACUAUAUGUUGUGCACCUACGACAAAGUCCAGCGCGUGAAGAACAAGUGGAAGUGCACGCUCAAGGACGGCAUCUUGACCACGAACAAGAAGGAGUAA